CCGUUGUCUGAGCCUUUUUUUGAUUCUGAGUUUCUCACUCUUUUACUCUCUCCCCUUCACUCUCAUUCUCCCGCUCUUCUUCCACUCUUCUUCCACUCUUCUUCCACUCUGGUUCACACCAGCUCGGACUUUUUCUCUCCUCAAUUCUGUCAAAAUGCUGCUGCACCGCCCAACUGCUGCCUCUUCUGCAAGUCCGCCGCCGCCGCCGCCGUUGCAGGAGCAGCAGUGCCGACUCGUGCUCGCGGCCGCCUCUCCGCGCUGGGACGCGCUGUGCACGACUGGCGCCGACGUCCAGGCGCUCAUCGACAUUGCCGAGUCCGUCCAGCCAGCCUCAGCCUCAGCCUCAUCCUCAGUCCCAGUCGCAGGACCAGGAGCGGCCGUCGGAGGUUGCGGCGGGGCAUUCCAGGCCGCAUUCAGCCGGCUCGUCGCUGCGCUCGGUCAGGGCAGUCAGGGCACGAGCAUCAUCAGGAAUACCGCUCACGAUGAUGACAGCCAUGAUAGUCAAAGUAAUGGCGACGUUGGCUCGGCAGUCCGUCGCAGCGACGAGUCCACCGCGACGACGCUCACGUUGGCCACCGCUGAGCAAGUCGUGCACCUCGCACUCUGCGUAAGACAGGCCACAACCGCCAUCGAGCAGGCACUGCAAAUCUACAAGACGGAUACAAUCAUGCUAAGCUUUAACGGCGGCAAGGAUUGCAUGGUCGUGUUGCACUUGCUCAAUGCAGUGCUGCGAACACGGUGCGGACGUCACAACGCCGAAAACAGCAGGCAUCUUCCGAUUCCGGCAAUCUAUCUGUCCUUCCCAGAUCAAUUCCAUGAAGUCGAGUCGUUUGUGCGAGAGGCCGCCCAGGACUACUCGAUGGACUUGUUCACAAUCGACGGCUCGAUCAAGGCCGGUCUCACGGAACUCUCAAAGCAACGGCCGCAAGUUCGCGCCAUUUUUGCCGGGACGAGGCGAACGGAUCCGUUUUCGGCCUCGCUCGAGACGUGCACACCAACAGACCCGGACUGGCCGCAGUUUAUGCGCAUCAACCCAAUCCUGGAUUGGAGCUACGCGGACGUGUGGCUGUUUCUUCGAGCCUUCCGAGUGCCUUACUGCCACCUUUAUGAUUUGGGAUACACAUCCCUCGGUGGAAGAUCAACCACUAGCCCAAAUCCAGCGCUUCUUCGUGCCGGAACACAAUCUCCGCCGCGCUUCUCGCCCGCAUACUUGCUCCAGGAUGGAAGCAAGGAGCGCGAUGGUCGGCGGCCUUCGCUGCAGCCGCAGUCGCCACAACAAUCGUCUCGGCCAUCGGCACAGAGCAGUCUGUAGCUGUAUUCAUUUGUACAUUUAUUCUUAUGCAAAACAAGCAAGGGGAGCAGCAGGAAGACAACCUCGUUGUUCGUGAAACAGCCAACGAGUUGCGAAUCUUGUUGAACAUUUCAGUCUUGUUGGUGAUUGCUUCUCGUUCCAAGCUGCAAAUUCCACGUAUACAACACCAGUGCUACUGUGAAUGGCAUGUGUGAACUUGUGCGUGUUUGCUGUUGGCUUGUGAUAACGAGGGAUGCAAUCCUGACCAAUGAUAACUGUUCUCGUGCAAAAAGCUCACGAAUCCGU